AUGAUAUAUGAACAAGAAAGUGAAGAACUUUGCAAUAAUAUUGCAUCCAAGGAGAGCAGAGGUAGCAUUUCAAGGAAUUCGAAAUACUUGUUAGAGAAGAGUUCUGAUAGUAUCCACAGCAAGCAGUCUUCCGAUACAUUUUCGACGACUGUAGAAGCAAGAUCUGAUAUUGAGGGUGCGACGAGCAACACCCUGAGCAUGGUAAGCACGCCCUGGACCACAGAGAGCGAAUAUUCCUUUACACAGCCAUCAGGGUCUACGAAGAUGUUAAGAUCUUCAUGCGACUCGUGGACUCACGAAUUUAGUUCCAGUUUCGUCGGAAAAACUAGUGCGUCCAUCACAAACGAUUGGCAGACGGAAUCAGGAUCAUUGAGUGUAACCACUCUGCCUAUAUUUAGUUUAGCGCCGACACGACACGGCAGCCAGCUGCAGGUGUCUUCAGAGAGCUCGCGCAGCACAGACAGCUCCUGGACGCUAAAGACGCUUACAAACAUGAGUCAGCUUUCCAGUCAGUCCGAUCGUCAGAUCCUCAAGGUCAAGUACCCGUGGAGCCCAGACACUCUGUGCAGCGGUGCAGACGAGUACCCAAGCAGCAUUGACUCCCUGGCCUCUAGGAAGGGAAGUCGUGUCGACGUAGUGACAUCUAUCACGGAAGAAAUAUACUAUCCGAUGAACUACAUUACAUUGACGCAUCAAUUCGACGAAAGUCACAUGUUAGAUUGGGCACUUACUAAAGAAAUCGGUUUCCCUUAUGCCUAUACAACCAAUUUAAUAGACACCAGGGUUUAA